AUGCAUGAUAGGAGUCUGCAAGAAGCUGGUGUGAGCCCUUCUCUCACAGCCUGGAAGGCACCAGCGAUGCCCAUGACAAAAGUCCAAGAGGAACUCGAUCUACCAUCUCAUCGCAGAAUGCCAAACAGAUGGGGUUCCCGACAGAUGAUGAUCAGCAGGAUAUUAGAAACAGCAGCGGGCUUUAACUCAGAUUCUCACUCACUAGUGAUUUUGGCAACAUAUAUAGCUGGACAAACACCAUUUCCUGAGUUCAGUGUUGUGCUGAUGUUGGAUGAUGUGCAAAUAGGAUAUUAUGACUCAAACACAUGGAAACCCAUCUAUCGCUCUCACGUAAAUUAUGAUGAAGAGCAAAGCGAUGCUGAAACUGUAUUUCGUUUUCAAUAUAACAACCUGAAAUAUUUGGUAUUCCAUUAUUAUGAUCACUUAAAUCACACAGGUGUACAUGUUACUCAGAGACUUGCUGGAUGUGAAUUGUUGAACAAUGAUAAACCAGGUCCACUUCAUUUACGGGAUGCGUUCGAUGGACAAAACGUUGGGGAGUUCACCUUUGACAUGGAAAAAAGGGAAAUACAGAAUAAACUGCUAUGGGUAACAUUUGACCAAGUAGAACAGCUUUAUGCAAAGUUAAUUUCUGAAAAUGUUUUUCAUCCUAUUUGCAUUAAAACCUUGCGGAGGUACCUGAACAUGGAAAAGAACAAUGUGAUGAGAAAAGUGAAACCCAGAGUCAGACUUAUGAGGAAGAUGCUCCCAGACUCUCAAGGGCUUCAGAUCAGCUGUCUGGCAGGUUUUUACCCCCGUCACAUUAACCUGACCCUGUUCAGAGAUGGUCAGCCUGUGGAUGAUGAUCAGAUCACAGGAGGAGAGAUUCUGCCUAAUGGAGAUGGAACUUACCAGAUGAGGAAGAGUUUGGUGAUCAGUGAAGAAAAGCUACGUGAAGAACAUAUAUACAACUGCACAAUGAAGCACCUCAAUCUGGACAACAAACUGGACAUUACAUUUGAUGUGGAUGAAUCUGACCCACGAUUCUUCAGUCUGUCUGUAGUGAUCGGUGUGCUGGUGUUCAUGUGUGGGGCUGUUCUCAUCAUAACUGCACUCAUCAUAUGGAAGAAGAGACAAGCUGCUGGACGAGGAUCUGAGACAUCACAGAGUGAUUAUUCACUUACUUCAUCUUCUGCCCCUGAUGAAAAGUGAAGAAAGUCAAGACAAUACAUAUAAAACAGCAUUUGCUUGGUGCAUUACACUUGGUAGAUUUAAUGACCAAGCAAAAUUUGAGUAAAAUGAUAAAUGAAAGUAAUAUAUAUACGCAACAAUAACAGAUAAUAUACAGUGUGUAAAAAUAAGCUUGUGUGACCUGAAAUCAAAAUAUUGUUAAAGAACAUCAUUUUAUUACUAGUACAGUCUGAUCUGUUUUAUUAUUGUAUUGUAUUAUUUAUUGUAAUAAAUAAAAUAUACAUGCAUAACAA